AUGCCUCGACGACAGCAGGUGCGAAUGGCCUGUCUGCGCUGCCGCAGGAGACGAGCCAAGUGCAGCGGCGACAAUCCCUGCGAAAGAUGCAAAGAGGCGCGCCAGCAUUGCACCUUUGACAGGUCCGGACGCGAAUCAAAGGACGAUCUCAGAGCCGAGAUUGAACGGCUGAGACAGAUCAACAAACAAAAGGACGCGUUACUCGACGCCCUUUCAUCCAAGGUUGACAUCGGCACGUACCGUGCGGUUACCGAUGGAGUCAAUGAUGGCACUGAGGCGCAUCAAGACAAUCUUGGCGAGCUGGCCGAGAUCAAGGCCGGUGUUGCCCAUCAAAGGGCCCGCACUAGGUCGGAACGACGUCCAUCGGUUGUUGUCUCCGCUGCAAAAUCCGCAGGCGCCAUGCCGACAGCCGUGUGCCCGCACUGCCGGGGAGCACCCUUCACUAUGCAGUCGCAGUCGCAGUCGCAGUCGCAGCUAUUGUCGUCUCGGACAACCAGAGACGAAGGGUCUCCAACGAGGAAUAGCGAGCGCAACCUGUUUGCCAAGGCCUGCGAUAUUGAAGAUUUUGCGACACAGAGCCUGAUGCCCCUCUCGAUUCCCAGCUGGAUACUCUCCGUAUCUCCGCCAACGGGCGAGGAGGGGCUGUCACUGCCGCUCGUCGACAAGUGGACGCGGACCGGAUGGGCAGAGGCAGGCGUGCGGAAGCUUCUCGAAUCGCUUCUCACCUGGGACUACCUUCCUUUUUGCCUAGUGUGCAAGGAGCCGUUCCUGCACGACUACACAACUGGAAACAGUCGGUACUGCUCAUCCGCUCUAGUCAAUGCCCUACUUGCCCUGGCUAUUCGAACCGUCAACUUAGACGAGCACCAACGUCAGCAACAAGACGGCAGAGAGAACUUCGCGUCCAUGCCAAACUCACCGGAUGAUCUGGCCCUUUUUGAAGAGGCAGAGGCCCUCGUCAAGGGCGGCGCACACUCGCUCACCCUGCCAGAUAUCCAAGCUCUGGGGAUACUAUCGAUAUAUCACCUCAGCUGCGGUCAUGAAGCCGAUGCGGCGGUUCAGGCUGAAGUGUUUGCCGCAUCUAUGACGACGCUUUGCCUGCAGGAGUCACCUAUGGGCACGCAGGAGAAACAAUACGCUCGCGUUCUCGCUAUGGCGUACUGCGGUUCCAUCUCCUUGAAACGGAUACUAAAACUGACGGCGAUACGGCACGCCGGCCAAUAUGCCAACGUCCUUCAAGACGAUGGUAUUGUCCUCGACCAGAGCUGUGGCAGCGGCACGCCUUGCCUCGUAGAGUGCAAUACUCACGAGAUCCCGGAUGCCCACAUAUCGCAGCUCUACAACUUGCAGCUCAUCCCGGCUAAGAUAUUCCAGUUGACUGAGUGGGUCUAUAAGAUGGUCGCGUCGUCCCGAAUGCGGGAUCCGGCCACGUACGUCGGGGCGAGCCAAGUAAUGGCCGUAUAUACCCGGUGUCUCGACUGGUACCAGAGCCUCUUUGCCCUGCUCAAGAAGGGCAGCAGCAAUUCGCCCUUCGGCCUAUUUAUCCAGUAA